AUGGAGUCGUCGGUUCAUCACAUUACAACCUCGUCCAAGGUUUUGCUGAAGAAGGCGCGCAAUCUGGUGCCUCCGAUGCUUGAGAAAUUCCACAAAGGACAACAGGGACGUGUUGCUGUCAUCGGAGGAAGUAUAGAGUAUGUUCACCCCGCUCCUCUUCAUGCGAACGGAAUGUGA